UGUCUGGGUGACCUGGCCACACUCCUCCAAUGUUCGCUGAGUCCCAAGGUGAGGUGAGGGCUCAGGGUCAGAGAAACCCCAGGCACAGAGCCCGCGGUCGCUGUCCCCAUCGUGUGCCUGCGCCGGGUCCUGGGUCUGGGCCUGCCGGGGCAGGGGUGAGGCAGGUGCUCACCGGGGUAGGACAGGGGUGGCGGGAACAGGCAGCCUUCUCUGGCCGGAUCUGUGGGAACUGGGUGGUCAGAAGCCCAAGGAGCAGAAGUCAGGCGGGCAGGGCCUCUGAGCUCUGACCUGAGUCUAGAAAAACCUUCAGGGAGAGGUCAGCUCAGAGCCUCAGGCCUUCAUCUCUGGGGACACCUGUGGGAGGCAUCAUCUGCUUGUAUCUGGUGCGGUGUGUGACCCACGUCGAAGCUUGGUGCCCAGAGAAUUGUCCCAAUUCCUCUGUAAGGUCUGUGGGAGUAGAGCCUUCCUCACAUCCAGAAAACAUGCAUUGCGUGCCCACUACCCACAUGGCCCGCGUGACACCUGAGGACGCAAGAUGGAAAGACCUUCCUGGACCUCAGGAGCCCCGAUUCCCUUCGGAAGCUCCUGACUUCGCCCCCCGCCGGACGGGGACCCCCCAGCCGGGGAGGAGGGGGUCCUGGUCCUGCUGCUCUGCUUGUCCAUGAUGCUCGGGUGCCCUGAGACACGGGACACCGUCAAGUGAGGCGCCUUGGCACCUGGCAUACAGUAGGCGCUCAAUAAUGUCAACCGCCCGAAGAUGAAAGGCAGCACUGCUCGGGAACACACAGUGCCAGAUGUCCCCGGCCCACAAGGCCCAUUGAGACCCCACAGGUAGAUUCUGUUAGGACAGUAGAGUUGGGCGUCUGCUCCGGGAUGUGGGUCGAACUAUUUCCAGGUCCAGAUAUAACGACAGGUUGGUGGCAUCCUCAGCGGUAAUUUUCCCCCAGGUCAGGUCGGGGCCCUGCUCCGAUUGUCAGAGUCUGGCAAGCAGGCCCUUCUAGAUCUGGGGACCCUACAGACAAUGGGGACAGUGACUUGCCUCCCCCCUCCCCAGGAUCCCUUGGCAGGGGCCCAGGAAAGGAAGGGGGGAGGGGACAGAGUAUUGGACCCUCACCAGCUAGAAAGGGCCGAGGCCACUGUCACUGGGCCUGGAGGGUCGGGGGCAGGUCUGAGUACGUGGCCAGGGUCCGCCCCCGGGUUGGCCAUCUCCAGGAGGGAGGGGCCCUUCCACGCCGGGGUGGGGGGGUUUUGAGGGGUUUGGCAAUAGACGGCAGUGUCAUGACUGGGGUCCUGGCCCUGAAGGUCAUCGGGGGGGGGGAGGCUCCCGUGCCGUGUCAGAGCCGGUGUCCCGAGGGACGACAGUGCAGGCAGGACCCGGCUGCUCACACACCCCAGGGUGGGAGGGCCUCAUCACUAGCCCGGUUCCCUCUGGGAUUGCUGUUAGAGACGCCAGGCGCGUGGCGCCCCUGUGCACUCAGGAUCCACCCCGCGGUGCGACCUUGGGGUGCACAUGACUCAGUAUCUCGUGUUUGUUUCUGGCGCACGCGGGAGGUAGACGCAUUUCCCGUUCCUCUUCUGUCGGUCCCCGUCCGAUGGCCACACGUGCGCGCGUUAUGUUUGGGCUCAGUGGCCUCCCUCUCCUGGGGGAGAGACUCCAUUAUGCUGUUGAUGAGCGUCUACAAUAUACCCUCACAUUUCUCUGUUGGGAGCCAGCCGCGGGCUCCUGACCUGAAAUGCUGACGGGAGCUGGAGACAGAAGGAGUUUCUAUCCUCAGGGGUUUCCCGUCCUCAAGGUCAGUCCUAUUUCUGUGAAAGGAAAUUAGGGAAAUGUAGAGUCAGGACUGGGAGCUGCUGGGAAUCUGCUCAGGAGUAAAGCCAACACAUUCCGGACGCAGGAGGUUUAUCCUGGAGACGGGCAUUCUGGAUACAAUUGGAGGCUUUCCGGAGCAUUGGUGACCUCACCGGCCCCACAGAGUCCCAGUGAUUCACCCAGUGACCCCUGGAGCGUCUCCAAAUCCCUCCGUGUUAAGAGCUCACUGGCUCAGGUCCAUGGAGCCAUUUGUCCCCGGACAUGCAGGGAAUGAGUGAAAAAGAUGAGAUUCUCACUGGGUCUGGUCCUAAAGCCGCUCUCCCAGCAGCUGACUGUGGCCCCGGCACGUCCAGGAGGGUUUCCAGCCCGAAGCCCUCGGGUCAGCACAGAAGCCAUGUUGCCCAGGGCGCAUUCUCCAGCUCAGGGUCAUGAUCUAAAUUAGCUGCUGCCAGUCUGGUUAGAAAGUUCCGGAAGCGGCUGAGUGUGGGAGAAGUAAGCCCCACGGUGAGCAGGGCUGGAGGCGCUGGCCCACCUGUGACGCAGGCAGUGCAGGGGGGUGGCUGUGGUCAGCAGGGGCCUCUUUGGACCUCAGAUGCUGCAGGGUUCAGGCCACAGGGCCUGUUUCCUCUGCCUGGGGGUGUGAGAAAGGAGAGAGGCUGUCCGGGGGCAGGCCUGGACUCCCUCCCCCUUCCCCUCCAGUGGGGCUUCUGAAGGUCAGGAGGGACUGAGGUCUGGACAGACCAGUGGCCUAUGAGCCUGAGAUGUGGGCCUGGCCCCGCCAUGUCCCGGCUUCCAGACCGUGGGCCCAUCAAAUACCCUAAAUGGGCCCCGACGUCGCUCAUCUGUAAAAUGGACGCUAAUCUUGAUAUCCGCCGCCUCUCGCAGGGACCGAGCCUGGGAACCGCAGAAACCAGACACGCUGUGCACGGGUGACGUUAGCUCUUGCUGGCCAGGACGGCGGCGAGUGACAGAGAUCAGUAUGUGGGGUCGAAAUGUCCGUGGUGGGGUGCCGGCGUGGCACGUGUGUUGGCGGCCCCUCCCGUGUCCUGACCUGCAGCUGCUGGGGGUUCCCUCCUGGGCCCUGGGCCCCGCCCCCCACGCAGUGGUUUGGGUGAGCAGACACUCUUCCCCCGAGGCGCUCCCCGGGGUGCAGGGACAGGGACAGGGGCAUUGCCGACUUGCUCCCCAUCACACCAAAGUGACCAGUGGUGAGCUGCCCGGGCGUGGCCUCCGUCCGAGGAGUUUCUCACCGCGAGGCCAGGGACUGAGCCUUCUGAAGGACUGUCCCCCUUACGGGACAGGAGCGGGGGAAGAAGGCGGUGUUGAUGCUCUCUUGUCCGAGAGCACAGAGCAGGUCGGGAGCCCAGAGUGGACGGGGUGACUCUCGGAAGCCACACGGUGGGAAGGGACGGGGCUGGGAUGUUGGGCCUCAGAGAUCACAGUUAGGAGUCCAGUCCCUGCUCCGCCCUGCUGAGUGACCUGCGAUGGUCGUCCACACCCUUAGGAUGGGCUUCCGCAUCCCCAGAAGGGACUUCCCAGCCUAUAGGCUGACUGCCUUCAGUUCGUGUCCCCGGCCAUCCUGGGGUCCAGCCUUAGGAUCCGAGGCUCUGAGCAGCUGGGGGGAGCCUCCGUGGGCGGGGAAAGGGCACGGCCGGCGGGGAGUUAUGGGGCUGCUCCCCCCAGGGUCCACGGGAGACAAGGUUCUCAGAGGUCGUGGGGCCCCGUCUGGGGAGAAGAGGCCUGACCCUCAGCAGGUGGCCGUGAGUCUGAGGCAGCCGAGCCUGUGGACGGAGGAGCCCGUCCCUGCCCCCUGCCUGUGUGUGAGAGCGGGCCCAGGGCUGGCAGAGCCUUAGGGGGACGCGCUGGUGGGGUGCUGCCCUGUUGGGGGGGUUGCCUUGUGGGGGGGCAGGGCGGGUCCGGGUGCCCGGAGGGCCUGGGGUGCUGGCAAUAACGAAACGCCCCUGUUUGCACUGGGGUGUGGGGGGUGGGCCCUUCCCACAAAGCACUUUGUUCUUGUGCUCAGAGCGUCUUCCUUAGACACCCGACAGUUAAGUGCAGAGAAAAUCAGAAAGGAGAUUUGACUCAUUCAAUGUUGUUAAGACAGAGGACAGGCCCAAAGCAGGGGCGACACUGUGUCCCUGGUACAGUGGUUUGUGCAACUUUGGGCCUGGCCAUCGGCUGGCCCUGGGGAGCAGGGCUGCCUGGGUGGAGUGUGAACCCAGGGAAACAGGUAAGGGGUCCCAGCAGUGCCGGCUGCGGAGCUGAGAUCACCAGGCUGGUCGUGCCCACAGGUCGGGGCGUCUCCCACACAGCGCCUCACCCAGGGGGGGUUCCUAUGUUUAUUACACCAUCGUUCCCCGAGGGUCCCUGCAGGUGCCAGAGAGAAGAGGAAGCAUCUGAAUGGCUUAUCUAGAGCAGCCAGCUUGUCCUAGACAGUUAGCUCCGCCCUUGGGGUGGGAAGGGCCUAAGAGUGUUCUGAGCAGAAGCUCGCCUCUUCUCUUGCCUCUGCCUUCUGGAUGUUUCCUCCACGGCCAACUCGGCCCAGACCAAGCCUGAAGGAGGCAGCCUGUGAUGGGAGCCCACUCAGAAGACCCCCACCUGUGCUGGGCCUCCCGGCUCCUGGGGUUCAGCAGCCUCGUCCUCAGUGCGGCGGCUCCUCUAAAGUAAUGGGACACAACAAGCCAAGGACACAAGCAGAUCCAAACCGCAAUGGGACGCAGCAGCUGGAACGUGGGGACAGGGACCUGCCGUCCGGGCCGGGCAGCGUCAGGCGGGAUGCAGCCGCCUGCUGUCGGAAUGAGGGAGUUAGUGACGACAUCAUUGCGUAGAAGGAUCUGGAAUCUUCUACAAGCUCUACUGGCCUGAGCCCUUCUCUGGGUUCUCUGCUUCCUAGGAGAGCCAGGAACGAUGUGAACACAGCGAGGGGGCAGGCCCCGCGUGAGGACAGCUCACGGACCUGGAGAGGGGUCUGGGGCCCUGGCAGGCAGCGGUCCCCCAGGCGGUCCUGCCCUGCUGCAGGGGACACAUGGGUCUUCCUUUCAGGACAAGGCGCCUUCAGCACUGUGAUCAACGGUUCUGGAACUCAUGGAUCUCAAGUGGAGGAUUCUGGAAACCUGGUUUCUCUGAAGGGAACACAAGGAGGUUCUGUGUCAUUUCAUAUGAUCAGACAUCCAGAAUUAGCUCCAGGAACCAAGCUGGAGAAGAUUUCUUGGGCCAUUAAAAACAAGCCCGAAUACCUACUUUUCCUGCUCGUGUCUCCUGGGGAAGAUGUUCCAAAAUGGGUCAACUUCCAGGACAAGCUCGAGAAGAGGGUCCAUGUGCUCAACACCACGACCCUGAGGAUUGACAACCUGACCCUUGAGGACAGUGGGCAGUACUGGGCUCGAGGCUCCUUUACAGGAGGAAGAGAAACGAACCGGUAUUUCCACCUCACUGUCUAUGAGCCCGUGCCCCACCCCCAGAUCCUGGCCAAGACUCCAUCCGUCACACCAGACUGGUGCAAUGUCACCCUGGAGUGCCACGCCCCGGGAACCAGAGAGGAUGUGAAUGUGUCCUGGGAGAGCAAGGGCCUCCCCAGGGAGCUGGAGCAGAGAGGGGUCCCAGGACCGGCCCCCAACCCCUGGACCGUGGCUCUGAAGCUGCCCCUGAGCCAGCCCAGCCCCAGCAUCACCUGUGUGGUCAGCAACCCGGGGGACCGGAAAACUGCCACCCGGGACCUUGGGGAAGUCUGUGCCCACGGGCAAACAGGUCCACAUGGGCCGGAUGGGUCUGCCCACCUGCCAGCUAUCCUGGGGGCUCUUGUGGUCGUGCUGCUGAUCCUCGGAGCUGGACUGUACCUUCUGUGCUCACGUAGGAGGAAGCAGAGCUUGGAGCCUGGGAGAGGGUCGCCGGAAGAGCACAGGGACCAUGAUGAUGGCAUCCAGUAUGCAGAGCUGAGCCAGAAGACUUCCAGGGAGAGCAGGGACCAGGGUUCGGGGGAACCACAUCUCGAACAGGAGACACCGCUCACGACAGUCUACAGUGAGGUCCGCCACCCAGGCCAGGGCUUGAGGGUGAUUUAACUGGAAGGAACAGGGAAUCCAGCCUCCCCCCGACACCUCUGUUGUGCGCGUGAUGCCUGCGGCCCUGGUCCUGCCCCCUCCCCCUCUGGCUGCUCUCAGCAGGGACCGGAUUCAUCCACCCUCCGUGAAUCUCUACGCGGACACGUCGUGCCCAAGUUGAGCAGAAGACACACAUCGCGGCAGAUCGAGGGGGACCUUCGUCGUUAAACGAGUCCAAACUGUGGUCCUGUUCCGCUCAGCCUCAGCCCCUUUGGCAACCGUCAACGGAGCCCACUCUCCCCACGUCUGUGCCCCGGCCGUCGUCCUGUCCGGACCCUCUGCCUCUGGGACCCAUCGACAUGAAGUCUCAACUUCCAGCCUCGACCGGUUCACCAUCAGCCGGCUCAGUCUGUGCUUGAGAGCUGCAAAGUCGCACAGCCAGGGCUUGCCGAGUCCCGGCCCCGUGACGGGCACUGAUCUCGUCACCCUCCUCGUUCGUCACUCACUGGGCCCUCGAGACACUGUGUGAGCUGGGUGUCGUUGUGCCCACUUUGCAGAUGGAGAGCAGGAGGCCAGAAAGGCUGAGUCUCAAGGCCGCACAGCUGGGGGAGCCCGAGCCGCACCGCAGCCAGGGCCUGGGUCCCAGCCGUCAUCUGGUUUCCCGCGUCCUGGGAAACCUCCUCCCUUCUGUGCGGACGUGCUGGCACCUGGCACGGCUCCUGUUUCUCAGGAAAAAGCAGAAGUUGAUGAGUGAGUUCUCGUUCCGCCAGUUAACUUUUCCCUGACCGCUUACUGACCUCUGCCUCCCUCUCUCUCCUGUCCCCACGGGGGACACUGAGCUCCUCCUGUCUAAGAAGGACCUUUCCCUACACGUGAGGCCCCGUCUGAGGCACCCCUCCUCUGGUCCGUCCCCCUGACCCGGCUGGCUCCCUCCCUGCAGCCUGCACCCUGGCUGGGGCUCCGCCUACUGAACGGCUGAUCCCGCACCUGGGCCCCACCUCACGGGACCCCUAGAGCCCCCAGGGGUGACCCCCACGCAUCAGCUGCCACCUCCACCCACAGCAGGUGCCCCUUCUCAGGAAAUGGGCCACACCCUGGACUCCUUCCUUCCUGCUCAGGGGCCCAGAUCCGGUGCCUCUGAAGCCCCAGGCCUGUGCCAAGCGCCUCGGGUGCAACAAGUUUAUUUUGUUGUCGCACUUGUAAGAGGAAAGCCGGAGGCGCUGAAGCCUUAGCGGUUUCUGCCACUUACUCAAGAGGACACAGGACCAGUCCCUGGGUUGGCACACGUGCUUUUCGGCUCCCCUUCCCACCUACUGGGGAUGUGGAUUCGGCUCCCCCUCUUCACCCCUGCGCUGUGUCCUCCCCCCCCCCCCCUCACAGCCCAGCUUCCCUUCUUGUAAUCCAGGGGCCGGGCAACACAGAGCAGGAGCUCGGCCCCCACAGGAGGGAAAGUGUUUUCAGGCCAUGAAUGUGCGUGUUCCGUUCGGAGGAGAGGCUGGUCGCCUACCUGAGCCUCAGGUCACCUCUUGGACGCACAAACUCUCUCCUUCCAUCUCUACCUCUUCCCCCCCAUGCAUACAGAGUGGCCUGCUAUUUGCCGGAAUUAGUAAUCCAAGCAGGACAGAAGUGGGUCUCAAAUGUCCCUGCCUGUCCGUCUCCCCAGCUCAGCCUGAGGCUCCACCGGAAGCAGGUGGAUCCCCCGAGAUCAGAGGAAAGCAGACGAGCUAAUCGCCCCGAAAACCUCAGCUUCUGCAAGGGAGCAUGCACACACCAGCCUCCAGCCAAGCAGCUGCGUGUGCCUCAGAACUAAGGCUUCCAGAAACAUCCAGAUUGCAACUGAAUGGACAAUUCUAAGUAUCUGAGAACGGUAUCCGCGUCCGGAGAGGGGGCAGAGCCGGGCUGUGUCUGAACCUUGCAGUAAAUGUUGUGAAACAAGCCGCUUCCCCCCGCCCCCCACCCCGGGGUCCUGAAACCUCACCCCUGCUGGUGGGCAGGGACCAGGUGAAAGCAUCUCCUGGACGCUGGGCUGCAUGAACUAUAGCAGGUGGCUGGUAUGAUUAACCUCACUGCACACAGUCAGGGAGAGAGGAGCCCCGACCUGAAGUCUGAAAUGAUUCUUAUUUUCAGUGUAGACCAGUCAGGGGCAUGAGGUACACAGGACCAGGGUACCACCCCAAUCGUGAUGGGGCUCCCUGGCACCGGGGACCACCCCCUCUUCAUCCCCUUGUGCGCGACCACAUGCCCCACCUGCCCCCGCACACCUGCUCAGGGCCUCCGUGACCGCCCCCGGCCUGGAGCACAAACUGUUCCAUGUCUGUUCCAUCCUGCUGGUACAAUGGCCCGUCAGUCCCCUCCCCGUUGGCCUCUAUCCUGCCCUCUUGGCAAACUCGCUUACUUCUCUGGGGAAUUUUCUGUAGAUUCCUGGGAGUUUCUACGUAGACAAACAUAAGUAAUGUCUGUGAUCAAGACAGCUUUUCUUUUCCUCUUUCCAAUCUAUAUCUCACUUUAUUUCCUUCUCUUGCCUUAGUGCAUCUGAUGAGACUUUCCCUAGAGCUGCAGAGGAGCGGUGAGCACAAGCACCGUUGGCUCGUUCCCAACGUUAAGGGAAACCAUCCAGUUUUCCGCCUUCAACAGUGAUGUUCGCUGUCGGCUUUUCCGUCAAUACGUUUUAUCACGUGACUCAGUUUCAUUUUCUCUACCUUCGUUCUUCUUAUUUCCUCUCUUCCACUUGCUUUGCAUUUGUUUCGCUCUUAUUUGUAUAGGUUUGUAAGAUAAAUGCUUAAAUUAUAAAUUUGGAGCAUUUCUCCUUUGGUAAACUAUGCUUUGAAUCACGUUCACUUCCUUAUAAGCACCUCGUUCGCGUCUUUUCCCACGUUUUGAUGUCUUGUAUGUGCAUUUCCGCUCGCUUCAAAUGUUGAGACAUUUCCCUUCAGGCGCCCUCUUUGACAUUUGGCUAUGGAGACUUGUUCUGUUUCCUCUGGAAGUGUUUGGAAAUUUCCCGUCAUCUUUCUGUUAUUAAAUUCUACCCGAGGUCUGUCCCA